GAUAAAAAAAAAAAGGGAAAAAAAACAACACACUCAUACAGAGAGUUACAUUCUCCUUAUAAGGAACUUUCCCACUUUAGCAUGUUUGCAGUCGACAAAACUCAACUAGCAAAAUCUACAAAAUGUUCAAACUGAGACUUCUUCUAGUUAGGCAUUGGUUGCUCUUCAGGCUUAUGCUUUGUUACGACUCUUUACCCCCCUCCCUCCCUCCCUCUUUAUCUGUUUACAGCCUUGGAUAUGGUUGCAUAUCUGACAUUUCUCUCGCUCUCAGACACCAGUCAGGACUGCUUUCAUCUGCAAGACAAGAACAGAACUUUCUUUCGGACCUUCAUGUCCUGAUUGUUUCCUGCAGCCUGACCCUCCGAGUCCAAGCAUCGCCAUGGAGCGCGUCCAGCACAUCACCAAGUCGGCCAUCCGCCGCGCGUCCCAAAUCGAGGUGACUCCACAGGCCAAGAGGAAUCUGCAGGAGCUCUUCGUCAACUUCACCCUCAUCCUCAUCUGUCUGCUCCUCAUCUACAUCAUCGUCCUGCUGAGCAGCUGAGGCUGCACCGAGGACCGGACUUCACUGAUGCACUCUAAGUGUGACUGCAUGUUUUCCUACCGCCGGUCACCCACUUCAUGCAAUUCAUCUAAUACCGAGCGAGCUAUGCAUUUAAAGUCGCAAACUAUUGCACAUUUACAGUAAAAACAAAACAAAAAAACUUGUCACAUUUACUGCACAAAAUGUGUGAGACUCACAGCUUGCACUCCCCCAGGUUGGACGGACAUCCCACUCCCAGUUGCAUCCUGGGAACAAAAGAUGAACAGCUUUGUAAACUCUUAAUGGCUCAAAAUGGUGAGAUGUUUUAAGUUGAGCUUUAAAAAGAAAGUACAGACAGAAUAUAUUCUAGAAUGGAGCAUACUGCAACAUGUUGUUAAAAGACAGGAGGGUGACCAUGUUACUGUCAAUACCGUGAUAAUUAUGUCGAAAAAGUGCCUUCAAAGGUCGAGGUUAGAGACCCAAAUAUGACUGUUUAUGUCCAGAGGUAUUUUUUUAUUGGCCUGCGGAACAUUAAAAAAAUAUAGUGCUAAAAAACAACAAAGAAAACAGAAAAAGUUACAAUGUUGAUGCUAAUACCACAAAGCUGGCAUGCAGGCUGUUUCUUUCCAUUGAAAUAAAUAAAUAGCCAUCUCUAGUUUAUCACUGUUAAUUGGUUCUGGACAAGGCCGUCAUAAUUGAAUUCCCGCAAAGUAGGAAACAUGAAUUAUAAAUCGAAUAUUUUCAUAGCUAGAGCAUAAAAAAACAGUUCACUCCCUUCUAAAUACUUUUUUCAACAUUAUGAGAUUGAUUGAAACUUUUAAUUUGAUUGACAGUACAGUACAUAUUCCGUACAAUUGACCACUAAGUGGUAACACCCGAAUAAGUUUUUCAACUUGUUUAAGUCGAGGUCCACGUUAAUCAAUUCAUGGUGAGAUCUCUAUAGAGAAGAAAUAACACCCUUAUUGUUGCCUUUAUAUAUUUUAAUCCAAUAUAGUAAUGCUGCCUGAGGCUUAGCCAAUCAGUGGCCACAAUACUGAACAAUGUGAUCUGAUUGGUCUCCUCCAGUGGCCAAUACUGCUGUAUGUUGAUAUUAUUCGUUAUUUUAGCCAUUUUAUGCAUGAAAAUGCUAAACUUUGGGCAAAAAUAUUGUAAUAUAAGCUUUAAAAAUACCCAAAAAUCCAUGCAGUAUUACUAUUGAUAUUUGAAGGACUGUACUAAAAAACAAAAGAGCAAAAAACAAGAAAAAGUAAAUAUUUCGGCAUUUAUAACAACUCAUUUGUUCAUUAAAAAAAAAUUAUAAACACUUUACUGAUGAUGUGUUCAAGCUGCACCGCAAGGUGUUUCUCAAAUCUCAAAUCAUGUUGGUUUUGAAAAUGUAAGAUAUGGCCCCUGCAUCCUUUGAGUUUUCAAAAAAAGAACAACUCUGGUUUUUAGUUACACAGCACUACAACAUAAAACAGUGACUUCCUGUUCAGUGCAAAGUAAGCUUUAAAUAAAAGUAUGGCAGUCAUAUCCUCGACUUUACUGAUUGAAUAAUUUUUGUUUUUCGGUUGUUAGCCACCAGAAAAACGAUUUGCGCAUUUACGAAUGAUUUGAUGUCAUUGCGACACGAGAUACUACGUGAUUAGCGCAGCAGCUUUGUUGGAUGCGAGUACAAGAUGUCGUACAAACAGAAGAAUUCACAAAAGAUCCCAGCAGGCACAAGACAUUAAACCAGGGGUGUCAAACUCAUUUUAGAAAAAUCUACUCCCAGGUGGGCCGGACUGGUAAAAUCACGGCACGAUAACUUUAAAAUAAAGACAACUUCAAGAUUGUUUUCUUUGUUCAAAAAUAGAACAAGCACAUUCUGAAAAUGUACAAAUCAUAAUGUUUUUUUUUUUUCUACACUUACAUGUUGCGGUUAAUAGUAUUCAAAAAAAAAAAAAAUCAAAUUACAGAAUGUUAUUUAUGUAGUUUGCUCACUUUCCUCGACUGGUGCACUGACAUCAUGUGGUUUAUUUAUUUUUUUAAAUAUGUAGCAUAAUCUACAAAGAUGCAAAGAAUUGCUAUUGCGACAUCUAGUGGACACCUUUGGAACAGCAGUUUCUUUCAUUCAAAAAUUUCGGCUCAUUUUUAUACUUAGCAAACUCAUCGGAUACGUUUGACACCCCUGCAUUAAAACAACGUUGAGAACUUGUUGAAUUAGGUCCUGAUAUUGAGCAACUCAAACAUAAUGUUGAAACAACAUGCUUUUUGAUGACGUUUAAUCAACGUCGGGUUCUGACAUUGAUUUUCCCAACUAAUAUUCUACAACACAAAUACAACAUUGAAACAACAUGCUUUUUGAUGACAUUAAUUUGACCAUUGAAAUUUGGUCAUUUCCCAACCAACUACGUGGAUCCAACGCUGGACAUCAACAUUGUCUCAAUUUACAAAUAUUUUGCAACGUUGUUUCAUAGUCAGUUUUAGAGGACAUGUACGUAUAAUCAACGUUGUAUCGAUGUCUUGUGCCUGCUGGGAAUACUGUAUGCACAAAUAAGGGCAACAAACGUUUUUUGGCCCUAUUUUUCUUAUGUCUUUGGUCUAAAGUCACAAAAGUAAAAAAAAUGCAAGUGACAGCUAUGUCAACGGUUUUAUUUCUGUUGCUAAUUAAGUUUAUUUCAUGUUAUUUUGUUGUAUGUAUAUGAACUGUUUCAGUACCACUUCACACUGUGUCUUCACUUGAACGGCUUUCCUGAAUGUUGUAUUUCCCUGUUUGAACAAUAAACCACGUCCAACACAACUUAAA